AUGAAGGGGCAGCGAACUGCAGUGGAGGAGGAGUGUGAAGCCAAACCCCUCGCAUCGCCACCAUCACUGCCACCCCAUUCCGCUGCACCCCUUGCCUCAUCAGCCGUGCCUAUUGCUGAAACAGCAACAGCAGCACCAGCAGCAGCAGCAGCAGCAGCAGCGGCCGCAGCAGCAACAGCAGCUACAGCAGCAGCAGAAGGAGCAGUGGCAGGUACUAGUGGGAACAGAGCAGCGUGCGUGUGGUGCGGGGGCCACGGAGCAGCAGUGCAGUGCUCCCUGUGCGCCCUCCGAUUCUGCUACCAGUGCUUCAAGCGCCGCAAGGGCUACGGCGUGAAGGGAUGGACCACGGCCCUGCGACAGCCCUCUUACACGUGCCGUGAAUGCCAGGGGGGAGAGGCACGUGGGCAUGCGGACAAACACGUGGAUGCGGAUAUGCAUGGGGAUGGGGGUGGGCUUGCACCUGUUACAGUGCAGGGAGGUGCUGGUGUUUAUACAGGUAAGGGGAUGCGGUAUAGGGAGGAUGAGGGGAAGGUUGGGAAUGCGGGGAGAGAAGGAAGGGCAUUGAUGGGGGUUGAUGAGGGAGGUGUGGAGGGAGGUGGGAGGCAGAAGAGGUUGCAGGAGGUGAUGUGGGGAGAAGGGGGCGGUGAGGAGGUGGUUGAAAACGGUGCAAAGGUGGUUGUGGGAGGGCGUGUGAAGCGAGGGAGGAGGCAAGUCGGGGAGGAAGAGGAGAAGUCAUUGGGUUGUGAGGAAGAGAAGGAAGAAAACGAGGAGCAGGAGGAGGCAGUGGAGGAGGAGGAAGAAGAGGAGAAUGGGGAGGAUGAGGAGGAAGAAGAGGAGGAGGAAGAGGAGGAGGAAGAGGAGGAGGAGAGGCGGGGUGGGAGGGACAUUGAUUUUGAAGAGGAGAUAGGGGUGGGUCUGCUGAGCAGGGGUGGGGGAAGGCGAGCAGGGGAGUGGGAGAGGACGGGCAGGGACAUGGAGAGAGGGAGAGGCACGCAGGUGAGAGGAAGAGGCAGGCGAGGCGGAGGGAGGGGCAGUGAGUGGUUGGCAGAGGUGCCAUGCGGUGAGGAGGAAGAGUCGGAAGUGAGGAGUGAGGGGGAGGAGGAGGAGGAGGAGGAGGAGGAGGAGGAGGAGGAGGAGGAGGAGGAGGAGGAGGAGGAGGAGGGAGGAGGUGUGUGGGGCGAGUUUUCAUUGGAGAGGAGGAAAGAUUUGGAUGGGUUGAAUGCGGUGAGCAGUGAGAGUGUGGAAUUUGGGAUGGCGGAUCACGGGGGAGUGGGAACAGACGGUGGUAUGUGGGGAAGAGACGGGGAGGGGGAGGGCGAGGAGGACGAGGAUGAGAAAGAGGAGGAGGAGGGAGGGGAGGAGGAGGCUAUUGAUAGUGAUGAGGGAAAGGAAGGCACAGUGUGGGGCUUUGGGGAAGAGGAAGUGGGAGCAGUGGUAGCAGAUGAGGAAGAGGAAGAGGAGGAAGAGGAGGAAGAGGAGGAAGAGGAGGAGGAAGAGGAGGAAGAGGAGCAGUGGAAGCAGGAGCUGUGGAGUGAGCUGGACAGGAUGGUGGCUGAAGUUCAAGAUGUUGGUGGGGGUCACAUGGGUGGUGACCAUAUGGGUGGGGACCAUAUGGGUGGUGCAGGAGGUAUACAAGGAAUUGGAAUACAAGGGAGGGAGCUGUGUCUGGGGAUGGGUGAAGGCAGCGACAGGGAGAGAGGGGAUGGCGAGGGGGGAGAGGUGCAGGCAGAGGAAGAGGAGGGCGGGGUGGGAGAGGACGGGCAGUGCGCAACAGAGGGGCGCGCGAAGAGAUUUCGAAAGGAUGGGAUGGGGCAGGCGAAAGGGGUGAUGGUUGUAAAAGGGAGUGAGGGAGGUGAGAGUGGGAGCACGGCCGGUGCAGGCAGGAAUUCAGUGUCCUCUGCUCCCUGCGACUGGGGCGGGGUUGAUGGGGAUGGGGACGGUGAUGAUGUGCGUGGUAAACACGAGCCCGUGGGCGAGGUGGGGUGUGGUGCGGUGCAAGUGCCUUGGAGGGGCGAGGAGCAGGCGGGUGGCAUGUGGCGGGAUGGGAGCUUGGGGCAGGGCUCUUGGGGAGCAGAUGAGGGCGGAGCAACGGGGGGAGGGGAUGGAGAAAGGGGAGGAGGGGAUGGUGGGGAUGAUGGGGGUGGUGGGGAUGGUGGAGAUGAAGGGUGGUGGAGCCGAAUGUUUCCGGACUCACCCUUAGGCAAUCAGGAGCAGCCCCCACUAACAAGCUACACGACAGUGGAAUCACGCAGGGUUCAAUCCAUCCUCCUUCACAUCCGGCCCUCGAUUCCCCACAUGAUCUUUCUCCCCCUGCUCUUCAUGCCGUCCCUUUCCCUCAUGCUCGGACAACCCCUUCCGCUCCAAUACCCUCGCCCCCUCCCAUGCCCUCUUCCCCUUCCAUACCUCCUCCCCAUUCCGUAA